CUACCCUUGUUGGUUAAUUAAACUAUUUUAGUGUUUCGCCGACUUCCUCAUCGCGUAGAACAUUCAAUUAAAACUAAGAAAAAACCAAUGGGAAUGGGAGAUAAAUAAAGAGUUGGCGUUGAGCCGUCUGGGGCCGAUUCGUCGAUAGCCUGCAAGCGAGUGCGAGAGCAGUGGAAACUGAAAUCUGCAGGCGAGUCUUAGAUGUAUUGCCCAUGUCUGCACUGACAACGUGUGAGUGAGAGCUAAGGUCCAGAACAAUCUUCCCCGGCCCCUUGAAAUGUCUCAUCCACCACCAUUGACUCCGCAAGGCGCUACAAUAGUUGUUGAAAGCCGCAACUUCAAUUUCAGUACCGAGGACAGUUCCGCGGCGAACCCCAACGCGAAUGACAGUGUCCGUGACUCUCUCGUAUACAGCGAGAAGUCCGAGCUCAGCAGGACAGGGCACACAGUGGUUGCAGUAUUCCUCGGUGUCAUUUUACUAUUAGGAUUCAUCAGCAAUUUCUUCGUCUUUCUCCUCUUCGCACGGUUCCAGGUGCUGAGGACGCCCAUCAACCUCAUCCUGCUCAACAUCAGCGUGAGUGACAUGCUGGUGUGUAUCUUUGGAACUCCCUUCAGUUUUGCUGCGAGCCUCUACGGCAGAUGGCUCAUCGGAGACCAAGGGUGCAAGUGGUACGGUUUCGCCAACACGCUUUUCGGCAUCGUUUCUCUAGUAUCUCUGGCCGUCCUGUCCUACGAGCGCUACUCCACGAUAUUGUCUUCCACAAAGGCUGACCCGUCUGACUACAAGAAGGCCUGGCUGGCCAUCGCGGGCGCCUGGCUCUACUCCUUGGUGUGGACGGUGCCACCUUUCUUUGGCUGGAGCAGCUACGGUCCUGAGGGCCCAGGCACCAUAUGCUCAGUGCAGUGGCACCAGCGCUCUUCUGGGAACAUCUCCUAUGUCACCUGCCUCUUCAUCUUCUGCCUCCUGCUUCCCCUGCUGCUCAUGGUCAUCUGCUAUGGGAAGAUCCUCUUUUUCAUCCGUGGGGUCGCCAAAACCAACCAGUUGUCUGCACAUCGGCGGGAGACCCAUGUGUUGGUGAUGGUUGUCUCCAUGGUGUCCUGCUACCUGCUGUGCUGGAUGCCCUACGGGGUGGUAGCUCUGCUAGCUGCUUUCGGCCAGGUUGGCCUGGUCGGCCCAACAACAAGCAUUGUUCCCUCCAUCCUCGCCAAAAGUAGCACGUUUCUCAACCCUAUCAUAUAUAUCCUGUUAAACAACCAGUUUUACAGGUGCUUCCUGGCCUUCAUGAGCUGUGGGUAAGAGCCAACUGGCAGCCACACCCUCUGCACCCUGCCCAGCAGCCGAGUCACUGGCCCUAACGGCAACUCCCCUUGCCCAAGCCUGGUACAUUCCCCUGGACAGUAGUGGGACCACACUCUAGGUCUCAGCAGAGAGAGAAACCUGACAACCUGGUUGUGCACUACACCUCCUUAGGAGCUGGGGGUUUGGCCAACAGUCCACUCCACUGCUCACAGGAGCCAAGACACAUGGUGCCCACACUGAAAUAUGAUAUGAUAAGAGGUUGUCUAGGCUGCUGUGAACUUACGGUAACAAACGAUCUCCCUUUUCAUUAGAUUAUGUGUUGUCACCUAGAUGUGUACAUGCCAUUUAGAGUUGCCAUCAUAAUGUAACAGUAGCUAAGUUGCAGCAACCUUUCCCUUCCCCCUGUGGCUGAAUGUGUCCUGUUUUAGCAGCCUGCUUUAACAUGGCCAAUGUAGAGAAAAAACACAUUCAUCUUUCUUAGUUAGCCCAGCCCCUUGUACCCAGCAGAUGGAAGAUCUCCUGUAUAUCAUUGAUAGAAAUAUAAUUAUAUUUAUGUGAUAUCAUCUGUGUAUCAAGCAGUCUGUCAAUUGAUGUGUCUGCAGAACUUGUGUAGAAUCAGAGAAAAAAGCCCAUUCAUCAUGAUGGGUUCUCUCUUUCGUAUGUUACUAUAAAUCUGAUGCUUUUUUGUGUUUGCAUGUUCAAACACCGUAACAUUCACAAUGCUAUUCAUGUCGAAAAUCACCAAGAUGGUUGUCCCAUUAUUAGG